AUGAAUGGCGGAGACUACAGCACCAUCUGUGGCACAAUCCCAGAACAGAGGAUGUGUGAGGCUCCAGACCAGCCAAAAGGAAAUGGAAGUCCUUUUUAUUAUGACAUCCAUGAAGACUUAAGGCUAGAAAACAGUUUAUAUGCCACUAAGCUGGAAACCCAUGCAUGUAAUUCUGUGUCAGUCUAUGUUGUUGGAGGUAAAGAGAACAGCUUGGCAUCUUCCCACCCAGAGCCAGGACGAUGCUUCCUGCCUAAUGAGGUGGGCUCUGAGGCCAAGGAGCCUCAACCAGGUGAGCCCCAGGAGGACAGGGACAUCUUAAUGAAAGAAUUGCUUUCACCAGCCCAGAACCAGGAUCCCUUCCCAGAGAAGCCCCAGGAGAAUGGAAGACUGAUGAAGGAAGACCUGCCUUCUCCUUCAGCUUUCACCAUUCAGCACAGCAAGGCUUUCUCUACCAGCAAGGAUUUCCCCACCUGCUAUUCUAAUGCUAAUGGUUUGGAAAAAAAGGAAGCAGCUUCCACGAACCCUGAGAUUUACCUCUUUGUGAAGGCUGGAAUCGAUGGGGAAAGCAUCGGCAACUGUCCUUUCUCUCAGCGUCUCUUUAUGAUCCUUUGGCUGAAAGGAGUCGUGUUCAAUGUCACCACUGUGGAUCUGAAAAGAAAGCCUGCUGACCUGCACAAUCUAGCCCCUGGCACCCAUCCGCCCUUCCUGACCUUCAACGGGGACGUGAAGACAGACGUCAAUAAAAUCGAGGAGUUCUUGGAGGAGACCUUGACCCCAGAAAAGUACCCCAGACUGGCUGCAAAACACCGGGAAUCCAACACAGCAGGCAUCGACAUUUUCUCCAAGUUUUCUGCCUACAUCAAAAACACCAAGCAGCAAAACAAUGCAGCCCUUGAGAGAGGCCUGACCAAGGCACUGAAGAAACUCGAUGACUACCUGAACACCCCUCUCCCAGAGGAAAUCGAUGCCAACACUCGUGGGAACGAUGAUAAGGGGUCCCGGCGCAAGUUCCUGGAUGGGAAUGAGCUGACCCUGGCUGACUGCAAUCUCUUGCCCAAGCUCCAUGUGGUCAAGAUUGUGGCCAAGAAAUACCGCAACUAUGACUUCCCAGCUGAGAUGACAGGCCUGUGGCGGUACCUCAAGAACGCUUAUGCCCGGGACGAAUUCACCAACACCUGUGCAGCUGACUGUGAGAUCGAGUUGGCCUAUGCAGAUGUCGCCAAGCGCCUCAGCCGAUCCUGAGCAGGGCCACCUGGCCCCAUGCCUGCUGUAGAAGGACUCAACCUCUCCCAAGGACUCCAGCUUCACAGACUCCUCUUCCUCAUUGCCUCGGGAAACACCAUUUAAAUUAGGCCCCUUCUUGCUGGCAUCCCGGAACUCCAGCCUGCUGUCUCUUAUGAAGGUCAGCACCAUCCCCGGCCUCAUACCCGGGAAUCUGGCAAGCACGCAGCAGAAGCAGUCACCUCGCAGGCUGCCAGCCAGAUCUGGGUUCUGUGUAUUUGGUGUCUGUCAGCAUUGGAGAGCCCAUAUGGGACAGUCACUGGCCCCUUUUGCCAAUAUCAAAAUAUCUUCUCAGAUGUUGUAGAAACGUGCAAUGCCAGCUCCUCUUCUACCUUCCUCUUUGUCAGUAACUUCAAGGACAAGGAAAAAUGCCAUCUCAGUUCUUAUGACAAAGAGAUCCUCACCCAGUUAGGGGAGACAAAGAGAGGGAAUGGAGAAGGGCCAAGCUGGCCAUGGAUUUUGGCAUCUGGCAAGCACACCUUCAGUCACUUGCUACUUCUGGCACUCCUGUCACUGGGCACUAAAGGCCAGAUUGGAAAGUCACUUCAGAUGCGUUCUCAGUUUGCUGCAGUGCCAGGAAUGUUGCAAUGCUGUUGUGCACCUGGCCAGUGCUGACCCUUGUUUUCAUGCUGGCCGGGCCUUGCCAGGAAAGGAAACUGGCAUGCAAUUCCAAACUGGAGUGACUGGGGUGGGAAGGGGACAGCGUCAAUGCCAAAAGGCCCACAGGGGUCUACCAGCCAUGGGGUUUGCUUGCCUAGAAGUAGUUAUUGCCAUGGAAAUGACAUGCCUGGGUCUGACUGCUUAUCAGAGAGUGGUUGGGGUCUAUGAGAAAGCAGAUGAGAGUGGGAGGGGGUGGGAUGGGAGAAGAUAAAGGAGUGUUUUAUGAGGCUUAGUGUUGUGUGGUGAUCUUUUAGACAAGUCUUCUGUCUUAUGAUCUACCUAAGUCUUGGACUGCUGAUGUCAUGUGACUACCAACCUUAUCGUACAAAUCCAAGACUUGGCCAAAAAUGUCUUCCUGGUCUCUCCAAGUAGCUCCUGGAUGUGGGUUUGCUGGCGAGGGGCUCUUGGGCAGCUGCUCCUGGCUGAUUCAGCUGCAGCUGCUGAUGGAUGAUUUGGGAGGUGACAUGAUCGUGGGACACUUUAGGAAGAAAGUACAUGUCUGGGGGACCAUGUGGUUUGAACUCGAAGAAAAAUAUGUACCAUCAGACUUAACUGCCAGAUGAAAAAAGAAGAAGAAUUUUUUUUUAGUUAAUAUUUCAUUCCUUAGUCAUUCUCCUUGAGUUUCACCUCCUUAAAAGCUUACCCGGCCUGAGCAUAGGGACCUGUGCAGAGGAAACUAAGAAAAAUGAACUAAUCAUCAACUCCUUCUCCCCAGGAGCACCCUUUGAGAAAAUCCAUUGGCCACAGGCCCUCACCUUCAACAAUCCCUCCUUCUGUGCUGCCUGCUGGUAGAGGGGGAGGCUCCCAAGUGCCGGAAAGCCCCGGACUUGGCUCAUUUCUCAGUGAGGGCAGGACAGCACGGGUCCUUUCCAUAGAAACAUCAACAAAUUCUAACCCAAGCAAUCGCUGCACCUACCUGACUCCAGGGAUCUCUGAAGAAAAAAAUGUGACCAUGAUCUAAACAGAGCAGAGGAAGCAAGAGGUCUCCUUUAGGCCACUGCGGAAGAGGAAAUUUCUCAACAGGACAUUUUAUAAGCCUGAGAGAGCUUUGAAAAGACAGAAUGAGUUGAUUCAUUUCCACCUCUCCAGGAUCCUUUCCAUGGUCUCCCUGGAAACUUUGCCCCAAGAGAUGUUUAAAAAGGAGAACUGGGGAGGAAACAGUCCUUUUUACUACAGGGAAAAGCUCCAAACUGGCCUCCUGGGGGAUGAGAGCUCCAAUGAUCCUGAAGGCCUUUUAAUUAAUAUGAAAUCCUGUUGUACUCAGAAAAAAACAGAAGCCCCAGGCGAAGCCCUCCACCCCAGAGGAGCUGGCAGAAUACUAACGACUCUGAUUUGAUAUUCAGAAUCAGGAAUUGGCGAGUCUUUAAAGACAAACAGGCCAAACCAAAUCAAUAUUGUUGUUUCUAGAUGUUCCUUCUGUGGUUGAGUUAGUUUUCUAUAAGUAACAAUAUUAAGGAACUGGGGGCAGAGGAUGUUAUACGAUCAUUUAUAACCAUUUUAAAAGGGGGGACAAGUUGUAGAAGGAAGGCAAUUCUGGGUGCUUAAUUUAGAAAUAGCUUCUUAUUUCAGCUAUAGAUUUUCAUAUAAUGCAAUGACUAUUGACUUAGAGUUAUGGUGUCUUAUGACCAGAUUUAUCAUAGUAUAUUAAAAUAGCAAUAAUAUUAAUAUUACUUUCCAAUUUUUUUUUUCAAGAGAUUUUUCUCCAGAUCCUUUAGCCUUUCUGGGCUUUGGACAUACCUUGUCAUGUGCACAGCACAUCAUCUCUCAGCAACAGUGUGGUGAGGUCCUUAGGUGUCCCAAGAACCAACUCAGGGAGUAUUAAAGGGUUUGCAAUUUGGACCCCACACUCUAGAGUUUUAGGAUAGGAGGUAAUUCUUGUAAUUGGUCCUGAAUAAAUAUUGAUUCCUCAGAAAACAUUUUGGUGGCACAGAAAGGGGAUCAUUUUAUGUUGAGAUCCUAUUAUAUUUUGUAUUUAUUUCUCUCCUUUGUGGGGUAGGUUAGUGGGAGGCAAAGGCAGAAAUAAAAGUCAAACUCAGAACCACUGAGAUGAAUUUACCCAUCUAUUCAGGACAGCCUACCUCUUAGGUUGGCCCAGAGAAAGGGCAUUGGAUAAGAUUUUAAUAACCGUAGAUGAGUUGGGUAAGUAAAAUCUUCAUUGAUCCAGAGCAUAGUUCCUUCAUCUCCUAACAAAGGAAGUCAAAUGCCUGACAAAUUCAGAAUCGCAGACACAACUAUGGCUGUCUUCUUUAAGACAAGGAGUCUAGCCACCUGGCCCCACACACAAUGAGUUGAAAAGUGGGAAAUGCAGUGUAUCAGCUUCUCUGGCCACACGAUCCCAAACUAGUUUCAGCUUCAGGGGAAACGGUACAGUCUUCAGUGUUCCCUUCUCGUGCUGAUGGGGCCAGCGGGAUCUUGAUCUUUUCAUCAGAAAAAGGCCAUGCCAAGAGGGUGGUUUCCUGAGACUUGUUUUCCAGCACUUGUCAAAUGAAACAGCAGGAAGCCCUUCACAGCACCUGUGCCACUCUGCACAGAUGAUACAAGAGUCUGAGAAUCGUCGCAAGAUGGAUCACACCUGGCAUAGACCUUGAGUCCCAGGAAUCAGUAAGACCUGAACAAAUUGAAUUAAGAUGGAGGCAGAGACAGGAGGCACUGGCUAUCUAGUAAGAGUUUCCAUCACUGUGAGGGGCUAUGUCUGAAAUUAGUCUAGAAGCAGCAGGCGUCCAGUGGGCACUUCUGUGCUUCCUCUCUAUUCCCGCCGGCCAGGAGCCAUCUCAACUGCAGAGAAUCAAGAUGCUGAUGUUGUUGGAAAGAGGAAACAUUAACUCAUGGUUAAAGCUAAGUUCAUGAUUCUCAAGGGAUUACUCUUUAUAUAUAUGACAUUACAAAGAAUCUUGAGAAAGAAGUGUGCGUGGGAAGCACCUGAUUCUGACGUUAGGAGAACAGGUGGUCGCAUCACUGGCCGUGGGGCCCUCUGCACACAGGACCACUGUCUUCUGUGAUUGCUGUUCAGCGUUUAAAUCCAACGACAUGCAUCUUCCUCAUGAAGGCAUAUUCUUCUCCCCUGGUCAAUAUUCUUUUCCCAGCUUAGUGCCAUGAUACUUUUAUCUCACAAUUAAGUAUGAUCCAAGUGUGCAUAACUUUAAUGUUAUUGAAGGAAAUAGACCCAAUUCCCCGUGCAACCAAAAAUAAAAUAUGGCCUCAAUAUAAGGUUUGGGCUAAUAUGUAUUCCUAUAAAAGCAUUCUUUUUGGCAAAAUAUAGUUUUAAGGAUCCAAUCAUAUAAGAUAUUUUGUGCAUAGUUAGAGAUUUUACAGUAUUGACCAUGCAUAUAUUUAAAAUGUAAAAUAUCUAGCUGAUGUUUGAAUUUGUUGUACUUUCCUGACCAGCUGGUUGUCCCAUUUUAUAAGCUGGAGAGUUAACUGAUUUAGCAGAAAUGCCUAGCUUUUAUAAAAGAACAAGUAUUUCAUUCUAUAAAGACACUCCAAAUGACGGUUACUUGAUUUUCUUGAGACCUUCAACUGUGGUGAUAAAAUAACAAGACUUGCUUUCAAGCCUUAAUGAAUGUAAAAUGCCUUUUAAUGAAGAUAUAGCUGAGUAUUUUCCUCAUGAAUCGGAAACAGUUAUAAAUUUGUUUUGCAGUCCUGAUUGGUAUUGAUGAUUCAAAUAAAGUUGGUUUAUUUUCAAAUAUUACAAAA